AGCCGGGGCUAGGUACCUUGAUACUAAUAAGUCUGUGGAGACCCCAGUGCGGUUGUGUGAUUAAUGCAAUCAUUUUGCAUAAUUCGAAUGUUGUUUUUAUACCUGGUGUUUCAAUUAGUUUUCGUAGCCACCUGCGCCUCAGUUUUAUUUGAGGAUUGUGGGUCGGCUUACGAUCUUCACACAGUAAAUAUACAAGGAUGCGGCAUGCGGGUGCCUUGUUUCGUGACGCUGGGCGACAGGAUUCCCGUCAAUGUGAGAUUUUUAGCCGAUUUCGUAUCGCGUCAACUUGAUCAAGAUGUCACCAUACAAAUCAACUUUGUUCAUGCAAGAACACCAGUGACCCCAGAGCCUUGUGAAACUGUCAUGUGCCCCGUCAGGACAGACGCUGAAACUUCUUUCACCAGUGUCAUGUCUGUACCAACUAAUAUGGCCUUGAACCAACGGGGCUACCUGCAGUGGCACGUGUACAAUGAGAUGGGGCAGCGAGUUCUAUGCUAUCGUGUUAUGGUGCAGACCCAGAACUUUUUACAAAAGUUUUUACGGCAAUACGUAGCUUUAUUAUUGGACGGUAGAGUUGGACAACUUGGCAAAUCCUUGUCUCGGAAUACAUUCAAUACUACGCGAUAUUUUAGAUCUUCCAUUUUAAUUUCAAAACUAAUAGGCUAGUUGACCCGAUCCGGUUUCGCACGGAUACCGAUCCUAUUCCAUAGAUAAAAAUAUAACAAUAUAUGGAUAGGUACAUUUUAAAACAAUACACAUAAAGACAUUUUUCAUGCCAAAUUUCAUACUUAUUUAUUAUAACUUUAUUAUAAGUUUAGUUAAUAUAAUAAUGUAUUACUAAUAUAGUUUUAACUUAAGCCUUUGUAUUUACUAACAAAAUAGGCCUUCUGGUUGCCCCAUAUUAUAAAGAAUUAAUUUUUGUUUAUGAGGGGCCGCGGCAGCCAACGCGAACCCAAAAAUGUGCUCCUCUUCCUUGGGUAAAUAUAAAAUUCCGUUUGCUUG